CGGGUUUCCAGCAGAUGCUGUCCCUUUCUGGCAUAUGUGUUUCUGGGCCACGGUACUUGACUUGUUCUACUGGGUAGCAGCGCGACUCAUUGUACUCCCGAGAACCCUGUUUCCGGUGCUGACCGGGUCCUGCAUGGCUCUCCAAUGCUUACAAGCCCAAGCACAAGCACCUUGCAGACUUGUUUCUUUCGUUUGUUUUGUCCGCCUUGCCUCGCGCUCCACCAGCCAGCCCUCCCGCAAUCCACGCGGUCCAGUGACGAGGGUUUGGGACCGGCCCAUGUACACCCUUGCUCCCCAGAAGCGUCCGAUGGGCUUGAGUGUGGGGGCGUGCUUGUAUCAUUCUUGUCCGCUCCCAUCCUAGCCCAUGCACACCUCUCGGCCCUGUCUGUUCCUUUUUCGAGUCGACAAUCCAGUACAAGCAGAGCCCUUGUCCUGCACACGCCUCCGUCCUGGACAUGCUCCUACCUAGUACCAGAAUGCUCUACCGUACACUACCGAUCACUCUUGUACCUGGACCUUGUCACCUUGUCUCCCGGCUCCCGCUCGUUGUCGACUCUAGGCUACGAUGCAGAGCUAUAAGGCUGCGAUGCCUCGUCUCUCUUCACCCUACCUACAUCCACAUCCACAUCCACAGUCACAAUCCCAUCUCCUACCAUAGCCAUCCGGCAGUUUCCUUUAGAGAUCGGUUUCCUUGCCUAGUUUCCUAUUCCUAUUUUGGUCCUUGUCUGUUCUUUCAUCUGUCCUACUCCUUUCUCUUAGCAUUGCUCGUCUUAUAAAGAGCUAUCCCGCCAUCUUGGAGACCAACCGC